GCUUGUGCAUAUGAAAAUGUUGGAAAGGAAGGAAUGAGCUUUCCCACUGAUUCUUGACACCUCUGUAAUAACUACCAGGAGUGGGAUUCUGAGGUAAUUAUAAUUAAGCCUGCAAGAGGAACAGCUAUAGGCAAUGAUCGAUGUUCGAGUAAUGAAUUAAAAUAAAGGAUGACAAUAAUUGUGUUUUGCGGGCGGGGUCUUUUUCGAGCUCUGCCAUGUUCCAUUUGUUUGCGCUCCCCAGUGGAAUUCCUCUGCUUUUUAAAAAGAGGACGCUUUGCCUGUGGAAUCUCCUGGCUUCAAGAGUCGCCGCGGAUGCACACGGCUUCCAGCCUAUCCCAGAAAUCACCAGGCUCUCGUUCCACAACUUGGAUCAUCCAAAGAAGAGAUGUUGUUUGGAGAAAGAGGGGACUCGGUUCUGCGGGACUGACGGGUUCUGGUGCUAGCAGCAGCAGCAGCAGCAGCAGGAGGAGGAGGAGGAGGAGGAGGAGGUAGAGGGGCACAUUCCGAAGAACUCGGGCUAGAGAAAAAUGGUGGCAGAGAAGCUCGGUUCCAAAGGCCAGGCUUGGUUCUGUACCACUGGAUUGCCGAGCGAUGUCGUCGUCAAAGUCGAAGAGAUGAUCUUCCAUGUCCACAAGUUCCCUUUGAUGUCCAAGAGCAGAAAGCUCCAUCGGCUGAUAACAGAGCAGGAAGAAAACCCUGGAGAGCGUGGAAGAAUAAGAAGAGCGCAGAACGGAGGAGACGAUGAUGCUGAAUCAAGAGAGGAGGAGGAGAAGGAGGAGGAGGAGGCGGAGGAGGCGGAGGAGGGACAACGAGAAGCAGAAGAAGAUGAGAUCAAAGAAGAGAAGGAAGGGGAGGAACCGGGGACGCGCCCCAUCUGCCUCCCGGACUUCCCCGGCGGGCCGGAGACGUUCGAGGGGGCCGCCAAGUUCUGCUACGGCGUCAACGUCGAGCUCACGUCGUGGAACGUCGCCCCCCUCCGCUGCGCGGCGGAGUACCUUGAGAUGACCGAGGAAUUCGCAGAGGACAACCUCGUCUCCCGUACCGAGCGGUUUCUCGCCCAAUCCAUUCUCCGCAACCUCCGGGAAUCGGUCCGAGCCCUCAAGUCCUGCGAGGACCUGGUUCCCCUGGCGGAGGACCUGGGCAUCGUACAGCGAUGCAUCGAUUCGAUCGCCGCCAGGGCCACCUCGUCCGAUCCCGGCUCCCUCUUCGGGUGGCCGGUCAAUGACAGGCACGGCGGCGCCUCGAACGCCGUCCUCUGGAACGGGAUCGACACCGGCAUCCGCCGGAGGGGCGGGAUCCUAUCCUCCUCCUCCUCCGCUGCCGCCGCCGCCGCCGCCUCCUCGGCGGACUCCUGGUUCGAGGCUCUGACGAUCCUGAGUCUGCCGAUGUACAAGCGCGUGAUCGCGGCCUUGAAGGCCCGUGAUCUGGGCUCGGAGGCCAUGGAGGCGGCGCUCGUGUCCUACGCCAAGAGAUCCAUCCCGGGGCUCUCCCGGUCAACCACCACCCGGCGGCACGCCUCCGCGCCCGUGGCCUCGGAAACGGAGCAGAGGGAGCUCCUCGAGACCGUAAUCACCAAUCUGCCCCCGGAGAAGAGCUUGCGCUUGGGGCGGACGACCACCCGACUCCUCUUCGGGCUCCUGCGGACGGUCAACAUCCUGCGGGCCUCGGAAGCUUCGAGAACGGCUCUGGAGCGGAAGAUCGCGUCGCAGCUGGAACAGGCGACGCUGGACGAUCUGCUGAUCCCGAGCUUCUCCUACCUGGCCGAGACGCUCUACGACGUAGACUGCGUGCAGCGGAUCUUGGGCCACUUCCUCCAGGGGUUACAGGAGGCGGAGGCGGAGGAGGAGAGCUCGUCGGCGGUGUUCGCCGCCGACGAGGAGGAGGAGGAGGAUAGGGGCGCGAGGAUAUUGCCGCGUGCCGGCAAGCUGACGGCGGUGGGAAAGCUCGUGGACGGGUACCUGGCGGAGAUCGCGUCGGACACCAAUCUGACUCCCGACGGUUUCUGCGAGCUGGCGUUGGCCCUCCCCGAUCGCGCGCGGGUCUUCUACGACGGGCUCUAUCGGGCCGUUGAUAUCUAUCUGAAGGUACGGUACGUUUCGUUCAGGAUAUCCUUCAUUCACGGGGUUUUUUCUUUUCAUCCUGUUUUUCUUUUUCUUUCUAUUUUGCUUUUGUUUUUUGUCUGUCCCCGGAUCGAUGGGUUGAAUCCCAAGUCAAAAUUUCGACUGCAUGCAAUAACAACGAGAACAGUAAAAGGGGAGGAGCAACGUGACAUCGUUCAUUCGCAGGCGCACCCGCGGAUGAGGGAGGAGGAGCGGGAGCGGGUAUGCGGCGUGGUGGACUGCCGGAAGCUGACGCUGGAGGCGUGCACCCACGCGGCCCAGAACGAGCGGCUGCCGCUGCGGGCGGUGGUGCAGGUGCUCUUCUUCGAGCAGCUCCAGCUCCGGCAGGCCAUCGCGGGGACGCUGCUGGCGGCGGAGCAGGAGGCGUCGGCGGCGGCGAGCGCCGGGAGGACAAGGGGCGGCGGACGCGUCGUCGGCGGCGGCGGGGACACGUCGGCAGCCUCGUUGUCGCGGCGAACGGCGGAGCGGGAGAACCAGGUGCUGAGGCUGGACAUGGACAGCAUGCGGAGCCGCGUGCAGGAGUUGGAGCGGGAGUGCGCCAGCAUGAAGAAGGCCAUCGCCAAGAUGGACGGGCCCGGCCGCAGAGGUGGUGGGAGGCCGGGCGUGGGUGGAGCAAGAAGGAGGGGGACGAGGAUGUCGAGGCUGGGGUGCAGGUUCAGCACGCAGGUGUGCGACUCGCACGAGCGCACGGUGGUGGAGUCCAAGUCCUCCCGCUUGGAGGAGCUCAGCCCGUAGACAGUGCGGGACGGCCGGAACAAACACGGGACGGCUUUGGCUCUUUGUUUUACGUUUUUUUUGUUACCACGUAUGAAAGCCCACCUUGCUUGUAUAGCAAGGUCGUCUUACUUUGUUUUUUAAAGUAUCUUAUAAUAAGCAUAUGUUCCAGGGCAAUUUUCUUGUGGAGACUCCGAGCGCCGGCCCUCCGUCCGGUUCCUUCGAACCUUUUGGACGCGUCGGCUCCGGACUCUGCGAGCUCGCCUUCCAGCCACGCCCGUCCAACUUUUGUUGGCAGCGAGCAGGGGACGGAAUCUCUCCUCUACUCCUUUUUCCUUUCUAAAACUUAAAAAUGCAAUGAGACAGAGAUGGGACAGCUAAGUCUCGCAUG